CAGAAGCGCGGCUUGGCUCGCAAUCGCAUUCCAUACACAUAUACCUACGUGUCAUGGUCCUCCUCAGGGGGUCCGCCGGGGCCGCGGCACUGCUCGCCGCCCUGCGCUCCGCCUCGGCACUGGUGCUGCAGCACGGGCCGGACGCGGCGCAGGUGUCGCAGUCCGAGCUGGAGCGGGAGUCGUCGCGGCUCCGGGCGGAGAUCGCUAGCCUCCAGGAGCAGAUCCGGCAGAAGCACGCCGAGAGGGCCGCGGCCGCCGGCGACCUCGAGGAGAACUUGCCCUACUACCGGGAAGCCGACGCCGCCGAGUUCCGUGCCCAGGAGUACGUGGCGUCUCGAGCUGGAGUUGGCGAGGUCUCCCUGGGCGCGCGGUCGCGCCGGGCGGCGACCGCGAAGGAGGUGGAGCAGAUGCAGGAGGCGAUGGACCUGGCCGCGGAGCAGAGGGCGGCCCAGGAGGCCCUCAUGUCGCACCGCGACGGCCAGGGGGGCGAGGGGGACAGGAUGCUGACCUCCAGUCAGGACCCCGAGAAGGAGCUGAUGCUCGCUAAGAAGAGCUCGCACGUCAUCAACUCCGGGUACACGAAGGC